GCUUUCGACAUCGCCCGGUCAUAUGAUUAUUUGGACCAUAUACUCCGCAACUUGUGGAAACAUCUGCGGUCCACCUCGACAUUCGUUGUCGAUAACACGAAAAGGAUGGGCAACAUUGACAACUAAAGCACGUCGAUCCCGUGUGCCAUAUUUGAUAUUUCCCAAAGUCCAGCCAAAAAGCUAUAAAGUUUCCCCUAGGCUUUCAAUUCCACCUCCAGGAAAUGCCACUGAUAAGGACAAUUUCUUCCAUGGCAGAACAAUUAAUUCCCUGUCUAUAAAGACAAAGUCCAGAAGACGUCAUUCGCUAGAGAACUUAAUAAUUGGGAGUCCAUCAUCCCUAGACUUCUCCACCUAACAUCACGAUUCAAAACUCAACCCAUUCGCCUACCCUCAAAAUCAUAUUUAUUGCUGACAGCACAACAACAAUGAAAGGAACCAAAAAUUCUGUAUCUCCCCUCUCGUUUUUCCUUCUCUAUUUUCUCAUUCAAUUUAUGUGUGGUCCAUCGUUACUAGAAAUUUUCUCAUAAGAUGUAACUAUUUGGAUGACUUUGUUACGGUGACCGACUUCAUACGAGUCGAAGCGAUUAACGGUGCUUGUGUGGCAAGAGCUUCUCCGCAAAAGUGACAUGAUAAAGAUACUGAUAAAGAUCCUUUUCGUUGAGCUGCCGUUGUUCUUUCUUUCACCAGGAAAAGGAAAGAAAACAUCAAGUAAGACGCCAGCGAAAUACCGACGCUUUUUCGUGAAUAAGCGUGGAGCUUCAAAUUUCCACAUAUUCCUUUUCAAACUCCCUCUUGUUAUGCACCCUUCUCAUGCCAGCUUCUGCUUCUUGCUCCUCCUCUUCCUCCUCCAGCUCGUUCAUGGAGAUAAAGAAAUCGAGACGUAGAGGAAGCGCGGAUGAGUUGGCCCUAGCCAAAGCGGCCGCGUGGGCGUGGUACGAACGCGGGUCGGGGUCGGCAGGGAAGCCGAUACGAGAGUACGACGUCAUGAGGACUCAACGAGCCCCGAGGCCGUCGCGGUACAAGCAUGAAGCCAUGAAAUUGGCUCAACUUGCCGAGGUUCGGGAUGAGAAAGAGAGGGAGAAGGAGAAGGAGAAGGAGAACUCUCUAAUGGAUCCAUACGAAGUGCACAUGAUUUCGAAGCAACUGGAUCGAUUCAUAGAGUCUCGUCGAAUCUACGACAACAACAACUACCCCGGUUCCGCCGAGGUCGGGCUUCAUCACGAUCAAUGGAAAUACAACGCGUCGUCGCCGGAGAGCGAGACAAGUCGCGGCAGCAAGACGCGGAAGAAGAAGAAGAGUCUGGGGUUUUGGCAGAAGCAUGGAGUGAUGUGUGGGACAAGAGAAGAUGUGGUGGAGGCAUCAGUUUUCAGGGAGGCCAGGUCAAGCCACAACAAGCACGUUCCUGUAGUUAGAUGAAAUGUCCACAAUGUGAUCACAUUGGUCUUUCUGUACAAUAAUCAAAAUGAUUGACUUUUAGCAAAUCAAGAAAGAGCAUCGUGUCAUUCUGACCUUUGGUUAAAUCAUGAGGUUUGCAUUUAUGCACUGUGAAUAUGUAAGACAUGCGGUUAUGAUACGAGCAUGGGCUUGAACAGGUGAGUUCACCCAUCAUCUCUUUCUCACCGCUUGGAAACUGAACUUGGUUGCUGCAGUUAAUGCGAUGGUGCAAUCAGUUCCUUCA